AUGAUCGCGAGCAAUACUCAAUAUCCAAGAAUUAGCGAUUGGUCUACUGCCUCAUUCGAGAGUCUAGAAAAUCGAAACGCAUGGACUAGUAGCAGUCCUGAGCCCGUCAACACCAGCCAAAUACAUAGAGAUGACCCAUUCCCAAAGACAUCAGCAAGCCGUUGUUCGUAUCUAUAUCCAUGUCUUCCAGGUCUACUAUUAGCUAUCCUGUCAAAUCUGCUAACACUAGGUGCUGUCAUAGUACUUUGGUUAGUUCCACAUAAUGAUAUAAGAACAAUACCACCCUACGAAACACCUACUGGUACUAUCGUUUUAUUUGUGGGUAAUCUUUCAACUCUGAAUAAUACCUAUUACCGUUGGUUACUUUGUGAUGGAUCAGAAGUAUCACGAGUAACAUAUAGUGAUUUGUUUAGUGUGAUUAACACUCUGUAUGGAUCGGGCAAUGGUAAUAAUACUUUUAAUUUGCCAGAUCUUCGUGGUCGAUUUCCAUUGGGUAACAACGACAGUAGUGGUAGUUCAUUCAUUCUGGGAGGUGCAUCAUCACUGACACUCACAGUAUCACAAUUACCAGCUCAUUCGCACAGCGAAGGUUCGUUGACGACACUUUCUAAUGGAACACAUGCGCAUUCGAUUACAGAUCCUGGACAUAAUCACGGUGGAUCAACAGGUAGCGCGUCUUAUUCUAGUGGUUCCUAUUCUAUGGGAAGCUCUGGAGGUGCUGGCAACGACAAUGGCGCUCACACUCACAUAAUUAACACUGACUAUACUGGUAUCACGAUACAAUCGAGUGGAAGUCACACACAUACAAUACAAGGCUCAACCGGUUCACAAGGUGCUAAUCAACCAGUUGAUAUAAUGCCACCUUAUCACACUACUUACUACAUUAUUCGAGCGUGA